CAGGUCCUUUACCCUUUAUCAUUUUCUCGCUUCUAGUUUGAUGAAGAGUUAGCCCACCCUUUGAUUUCCUAGAAACUGCAGGAAAAAUGGAAGAAAAUUGAAAAUUUUGAGUUGGGAAACAUGAGGGUUUUUUUUUCCCUCUGUUUUCUUGGGAACCAAACGGAGGGGUAUAAUAUCAAUAUAUUGAAGAAUUUCUUGGCUGCUGAGUACUCUGCUGAUAUUUAAGGCUUUUCAUGACAAAAUUUGGGAAUUUUUGCAAAUUUUGUUUGCGUGUGAUAUAUGAUAAAGAUCAAUUGCAGAUUUUUUUGGCUUUUCAUCAGAACCCACUUGGAAGAUUGGUAGUGGUUAUGAUGAGAAUGCAAAUUCUUGGAAUUUAACUGGCAACCCACUGGAUGUUGUAGUUGAUUACUGUAUUUUCUUGUAUCUGAAAAUGCAUGUUGAGGUUGCUAAGUUGCUUUCUUCAUUUGAAUUGGAAAUUGCCUAAAUAAUAAAAAAUAAAAAAUAAAAAAUAAAACGCUUCAUCCACUACUUUUAUUUUAUUUCAUUUUUUUUUUCAAAAAAAGUUGUUUGAAACUGCACCUUGAAAAUGUGAUUUUAGUACAAAUUUAGAUACUGUAUUUUGAAACUAUGGCUUUAGUAUGCUUUUAGAAACCUUAUUUUGAAACUACAGCAUCUAAUUUAUAUAGAAGUUGUAUUUUCAAGAUGCAGUUUCAAACAAAUUUAAGGAAAAAACCAAUAAGCUUAUAUUUUGAUCAAUACUUUCAAAACAUACUUAAAACUUAUAUUUUGUUUGUAACAUGAGUCCAUUUGACCCCAGAUCCAGAGAAGCUUUUCUUACUAACAACUUGUACUAAAACCUAGACCAACUUUGAUGAAUUUUUUAUCAAAUUGGCCCUCAAACCAAACAAAAUAUAAGUUUUGGGUACAUUUUGAAACUAUUAUUCAAACUAGUUUUCUUUUUAAAUAUGUUUGAAACAACAUUUUGAAAAUACUACUUCUAUAUAAAUUAGAGACUGUAGUUUCAAAACAUGGUUUCCAAAUCUUUAUUAAAGUUGUAGUUUCAAGAUGCGGUUUUUAAAUUUGUACUAAAGCCAUAGGUUCAAGAUGGGAGUUUCAAACAAUUUUUUUCAAACAAAAUAAAAUGUUGCCAAAGGGGUUUUGAACAGUGGUAUGAGAGGAAGGCCGAGAUGUAUAUUUUAAUGGUCAAAAUGGCCAAUUUGAACCAAAACUCAACUUUGAUGGGAAGUGUUUAUUUUGUGCUUGCUGCCACUUUCAACUGUAGACCAAUGUUAUAGAAAUUAAUCUUUAUGAUUUAUAUUGUCAAUCAUUUCUCUUACAUAUUGUCAAUUUAUAGUCUCUUCUUCUGGUGCUAACUCCAUCUGCAAAAUAUCCUUCAUGUCAUCCUUUGUUGCAUUUUUAUUGGAAUUUUCUCUUCUGAUUUUAUCAGUAUAUUCAGGAAUUUUCACAUUGGUUCACAGUCUAGGAACAGGAAGAUUCUUAGAGUGGGGGCAGUGAAUGCUAGGGGGGGUAACAGGAGGGAUUCUAGUCUUUUGGGAUAAUAAAGUGCUAGAGCUGAUGGGCAUGGAAUUGGGCUUGUACUCAAUCUCUUGUCGCUUUAAGUGUUGUGAUGAUUGUUUCGUCUGGAUUUUUUCAGGGGAGUAUGGCCCUACCCUUGGGAAUGCUAGAGAGGACUUUUGGGAUGAAUUUGGGGCAAUUAGGGGCCUGUGGAGUGACCCAUGGUGUAUUAGGGGAGACUUCAAUGUUGUGAGAUUUCCAGGUGAACAUUCUGGUGCAUCGAGAUUGACUUCGGCAAUGAGAAGAUUUACAAAGGUCAUUGAUGACCUCCAUUUGAGGAAUCUUCCUUUGUUAGGGGGGUCUUCUACUUGGAGUGAGGGUUUGAAUAAUCAGGCCUAUUUGAGGUUAGAUCGUUUCUUGGUUUCUGAGGGAUGGGAAGGCCAUUUUAGCAAUGUGUUGCAGUGUGUCUUGCCUAAACCCGUGUCAGAUCAUUCUCCAAUUCUAUUGGAUGUGGGUGGGAUGCGGAGGGGUCCUUCUCCCUUUAGGUUUGAGAGUAUGUGGUUGAAGGAGGAGGGUUUCAAGGAUCUAGUGAAGUUUUGGUGGUUGGAGCUUAGUUUUAGAGGAUUCUCUAGUUUCAUUCUGACAGAAAAGUUGAAAAAACUAAAAGGCUUUUUGAAGAGCUGGAACUUUGAGGUGUUUGGCAAUGUGGCUAUUAGAAAGAAUUUGACCCUCACCCAGGUGGGCUUUUGGGAUUCACAAGAGUUACUAGGGACUUUAUCUAUAAAGGAAGAGAUUGCCAAGAAGGCUUCAAGGGUAGAAUUUCGGAAAUGGGCUCUUAUGGAGGAAACAAGCUGGAGACAGAAGUCAAGGGAAGUUUGGCUAAAGGAGGGUAACAGAAAUACCAAUUUUUUUUCACAAAAUGGCAAAUGCAUGUAUUGAAGGAGAAAUUUUUUAGCUAAGGUCAAGAUUAAUGGGGCUUGGUUAACAGAGGAGGCUGAUAUUAAAGCCGAAAUUGUCCAGGCAUUCCAGGCCCUUUUGUCAAAAUCUGGAGAUUGGCACCCUAGUAUAAGUGGCAUGGACUUUGAAACCUUAAAUAGGCAAGAUGCAGCGAAGUUAGAGGAACCUUUUACUGAGGAAGAGGUUUCAAUGUGUUGUCAGCUCUUAAUGGGGACAAAGCCCUAGGGCCGGACGGUUUUUCAAUGGCAUUUUGGUAGUGUUGUUGGGAUGUCGUUAAGGAAAUGGGUUUCUUUAGGGAUUUUCAUAAUCACGAUAGAUUUGUAAAAAGCCUCAAUGCUACGUUUCUGGUAUUGGUGCCAAAGAAAUGAGGGGCUAAAGAUCUUAGGGAUUUGAAGCCUAUAAGUUUAAUGGGGAACCUGUAUAAAUUAUUGGCUAAAGUGUUGACUAAUAAGCUUAAAAAGAUUAUCAAUAAAGUGGUUUCUUUUUUUCAAAAUGUCUUUGUGGAAGGUAGGCAAAUCCUUUAUGUUGUCCUAAUAGCAAAUGAAACAAUUGACUCGAUGCUGAAAAGUAAUAGGGUUGGGGUACUGUGCAAACUAGAUAUUGAGAAGGCAUAUGAUCAUGUCAAUUGGGGCUUUUUACUUGCGGUCUUGGAAAAAAUGGGUUUUGGCUAGAGGUGGAUUAGUUGGUGCAUUUCUACUCCAAGUUUCUUGAUUAUUGUGAAUGGUACCCCUUUAGGUUUCUUCCAAAGCUCUAGAGGAUUAAGACAGGAGGAUUGUCUUUCUCCGUAUUUGUUUGUGCUUGCUAUGGAGGCGCUUAGCUGUCUCAUUGGAAGGACAAGGGAAGGUGGCUUUUUGACUAGCUUCAAAGUGAAUGGGAGAGGUGGAGAGGGUUUGGAGGUUACUCAUCUACUGUUUGUAGACAACACUUUGGUGUUUUGUGAGCCUCCCAUACCCAAUUGACCUACUUAAACUGGUUGCUUAUGUGGUUUGAAACCAUUUUGGAUCUGAAAAUUAAUUUAACAAAGAGUGAGUUUAUUUCGGUGGGUAGAGCAAAGAACCUUGAUGAGUUGGCUCUUGUAUUAGGCUGUAAAGUGGGAGUGCUCUCGACCACCUCUUUGGGGCUCCCUUUAGGUGCCCUUUUUAAUGCGUUGGUGGCUUGGGAUGGAGUGGAAGAAAGAUUAGAAGAUUAACUUUGUGGAAAAGACAAUAUAUUUCCAAAGGGGGAAGACUAACGUUGAUUAGAAGUACAUUAUCUAAUUUGUUAAUCUACUUUUUGUCUCUUUUUCGGAUACCAAGGAUUAUGCGGUUAAGGUUGGAAAAAAUCCAAAGGGACUUCCUAUGGGGAGGCGGGACCUUAGAUAGUAAGCCUCAUCUAGUGAAAUGGGAUAUCAUUUGCUCUAACAGAAGGAUGGGGGGCCUAGGUGUUAGGCGCCUUCACUCGCUUAAUAAGGCCCUCUUUUGUAAGUGGAUUUGGCGCUUUGCUUCAGAAAGGGAGGCCUUUUGGAGACAAAUUAUUAGUGGUAAAUAUGGGGAUUUGGAAGGGGGUUGGUGCUCUAAGAAGUGAGAGGAGGCUAUGGUGUUGGUUUAUGGAAGACCAUAAGAAAGUUGUGGGAUGUAGUUAGUUCUAAAUUGUCCUUUUCAAUGGGCAAUGGGAAAAGGAUAAAGUUUUGGAAAGAUAAGUGGUGCGGGGAGGAGCCGUUAAAUGUUUCUUUUCUCUCUUUAUGUGCUCUUUCUAACUCUAAAGAUGCUUGAGUGGCGGAGUUGUGGUAGCAUUCUAAUGAGGGGGGUGGUUGGAAUCCUAACUUCCUAAGACCCCUAAAUGAUUGAGAGAUAAUUAUUGUGGAACGCUUUUGGCAAGACUUCAAGAUAAAUUGGUAGAAGAGGGGAAAGAGCAUAAAGUGUGUUGGGUUGAUAUGAAGAGUGGAACAUUCUCUGUUAAAUCACUUUAUGCUAGCCUAGAGACAGGAAGGGUAGUGCAAUUCCCUUCUAGUGUUGUGUGGAAUGCAUGGGUUCCUCCUAAGGUGUGCUCUUUUGCUUGGGAGGCGACUUGGGGAAAAGCUCUAACUCUUGACUAGCUUCAAAGGAGGGGGUGGUCUUUGGCCAACCAUUGCUUCCUAUGUCUAUCUCAUGAGGAGUCUAUUGAUCACAUCCUUUUGCAUUGUGACAAGGCAAGGGUGUUGUGGGAGCUAUUAUUCUCUCUCUUUAGAGUUUUUUAGGCGUUGCAAUCCACAAUUAGAGAGACUAUGCUAGGCCGACAUGGUUCCUUUGUUGGAAGAAAGCAGAAAAAGGUUUGAAGGACAGCUCCUUUAUGCCUCUUCUAGACUAUU